AUGUUCUUGUUGCCAGCAGUUGCUCAAAAUUGCCUUAAAUACCACCAUCUUCUCCUCUCAGCAGACAAACACAAUUCAAUCGGUUAUCGAUCGAUUCCAUUUCUGAAUUUGGGAUUACUCUACAUUUGGGUUUCUGUUCUACAAACUGAAAACAUGGUUGAAAAUGAAGGGUCUAUUCGGAUGCGGAAAUCUAGAGAGAUCGCGGCCAUAGAUGAUCAAAUUUCACAUGAAAAAUCCCAAUUCUCGAAUAAAAAGAAUCAGAAGACCAAAACUGAGACGCAAAAUCCGUAUCCAUUAUUGAGAUUUGAAGAAGCGCCAGAGUACAUGAAGGAUAACGAGUUUAUUUUGGAUUAUUACAGAGCUGAUUGGCCCCUGAAACAAGCUCUUUUCAGCUUAUUUCAAUGGCACAAUGAAACCCUAAACGUAUGGACACACUUAAUUGGAUUCAUUUUCUUUGUGGGAUUAACAAUUGCAAACUUGAUGCCUGUUCCUCAAGUCUCAGAUUUGCUCAAUAUAUUAACAUGGUCUUUUCCAUUAAAUCCAGGUUCAAACGCCUCAAAUAAUUCGAUAAUGGAUACACCAAAACUCAUAGACUUGAAGCACGGAUCACCGCUAGAAAUGGACAUAUCACCACCACUACUGGCGGCAACACGGUGGCCAUUCUUUGUAUUCUUGGGCGGAACCCUAUUCUGCCUCCUCUCCUCCUCCACCUGCCACCUCUUCGGGUGCCACUCCCACCGCCUGAGCCUCCAACUCCUCCAGCUAGACUACAUCGGAAUCGCAGUCAUGAUCAUCACCUCUUUCUUCCCACCGAUCUACUACAUCUUUCAAUGUUCUCCACACUGGCAAUUUAUCUACCUAGGUGGGGUCACCAUCAUGGGUGGAUUUACGAUUAUAACCCUGUUAUCCCCUGCACUCUCAACUGGAAAGUUUCGAUCUUUUCGUGCUUUUCUUUUCAUGGCGAUGGGCCUUUUCGGGUUAUUUCCUGCCAUUCAUGGUACAAUGUUGAAUUGGAAUGAACCAUAUACGAAGUCAACUUUGGUGUAUGAGUCAGCAAUGGCGGCUUCCUAUUUGAUUGGAACUAUGUUUUAUGUUUGUCGGAUCCCGGAAAGAUGGAAACCGGGUUGGUUUGAUUUUGGCGGGUCAUAGCCACCAAAUCUUUCAUUGUUUUGUGAUUUUGGGUGCGUUGUCUCAUUAUGGUGCUGCUCUUGUGUUUCUUGAAUUCCGAGGUCAAGUUGGGUGUUAGUGGGUCAACUUUGGUCAAUAGUCGUUUAAUUGAUGUUUUAUGACAUAUUUUGUUGUCUUAAAACAUUGGUUAAUAUGUUUUGUAUUGUUUCAUAUGUUUUACCAUAAAUUUGUUCUAUGUUUUGUACCAUUAAAAUUUAAAAGGAUGACAUGUAAAAGUUGUAGCCAAGUGAAUAGAGAGAUUUUUUCAUUUUAUCUGUUUAUUUUGUAU